AUGACUGGACAUGGUGGUCGUGGACGUGCUCUCGAGCAAAUUUUGCAAGCAGUUAAACCUCUGGCAUCUACAUACGUUUGUCCACCUGAGCCUAGUAUAAUGCGAACGAAUGAUACAUUUCACGUCGGUCGAGGUCGCGCUGCCCACGUUUUCGCACAACUACGUUCGUCUGUUCGAGAACAAACUAAUACAGAGAAAGAUUUUGAUGAAAACUCAAAGCCAACGUUACUAUCAGAAUCGCCGACGAAACAAUUGAAAGAGCAACUGGUUGAUACUAGUGUACUAUCAUCAAAUAAAAUAUUUAUUCGUUGUCAGAUUGGUAUGAUAUACAAAUAUGAAAUUGAGUUUAUGCCGCAUAUAGAAAGUCGUACAAGCCGAUUUAAUUAUGUAAGUGAACUUCGUCAAUAUAUUGGUCCUCAAUUAUUGUACGAUGGGUCAUUUAUUUAUUUACCACAACGUCUGCAGAAAGAUGAAAUGGCAUUCAAAAAGACAUCCGACACAGAUACUGAUGGUCCCGAUGAGAUUGCAAUACGUUUGAUGGAAAUACUUUCAAUUGAUCAGAUGCCGAUUGAUUUGGUUAAUAUCAUAUUCAAAUCUGCCGUCAAUGAUGGUCUUGAUUUUGUUCGUAAUAAUCGACGUUAUUAUGAUAAAAACAAAAGCGCCCAAUUAUUAAGAUAUAGACUUCACCCAUUUGAAGGAAAAUUCGUAUCGAUCGAACGCGAAAAAGAUGGUUUAUCAAUGUAUGUCGAUUUUGCAACAAACACAACAAUAACAUGUUAUGAAGAACUAGAACGUUUAUAUAUGGUAUAUGAUGUUACUGAUGAUCGCGAUAUGAUUCGACAGCAAUUUGUUAAUAGACUUGUAUUAACACGAUACGAUAAUAAAACACAACGAAUUGAUGAUAUUUAUUGGGAUUCAACACCUCUAAAUACAAAAAUCACAAUUUCAGAAGAUGAACAAGUUACAAUACAAGACUAUUUUGAGAAAAAGUUUGAUAUUGUUAUAACCGAUUUGAAUCAACCGUUACUCAUUUAUUGUCCUCGACGUCCAGGUGAAAGAUUUGCUUCUGAACCAAAUUAUCUCGUUCCGGAGUUAUGUUAUUUAACUGAUCUAACAGAUAAAUCACAUCAAGAUUCACAAGCUCAAAAAACAUCUAGAAGUUUGGAUUCAGUUGCAAGACGUUCUGAAUUACUACAUUUUACUGAUAUGUUGAAAAGAAAUUCGUCAACGAUUAAAUACUUGAAGCAAUGGGGAAUUGUACUUCCUGAACAGGACUCUCAACGAUCUAGUAAACCAAUUGUAAAUCGUUCACAAACAAAACCCGCUUUAAAUUUAACAACUCGUUUGAAUUCAAGAACGAAUCAUCGAUCAGAGUGUGACGAUACGAAUGAUUUCCAAAAGAAGCAUCUGUCAACAACAGAAGACGAUGAUGAUAUUGAUCGAGAUAAUGAUAAUGAUUAUGGUUCGAGACAAUUCUCGAAACCGGUAUGUUGUACAAUGUCUAAUUUGCAAAAGAUAACUUAUUCUGUUUUUGUGAUAAGGUUGAUAUCAAUUUUUGGUUGUUAGUAUAUUCUAAAGUUGAUGCGGAGCGUGCACAAGUAUAUUCGUGUAAGUUGCAAGAGAUCAGCAGACAACUGGGAGUACUUAUUCAAGAACCAGUGCAUAUUCAGUUGGA